AUGCCGAGCCAAGAAGUGAUCGUGGCUGUCGUGGCCCUCGUCGUCUCUCUGGUUGCGCUGACGGCAACGUUCAUGCAGGUUAUGCAGCAAUACUACGCGUCCGCCGCCGGCUAUUCGCAGUGCAAUGAAAAGGUUAUGGGUGGCUGGGCAACGACCAAGACCAGACGCUUCACCUGGGAAGAGCUGAGAUACGAAGUGCAGUAUGAUGCGCCCGUCAUCUUCGUCUCCCCCCCCAAGAACGACCGCGGCCCGAUCCCCGAUGCCCCGAUAUUCUUUUUGGACGGCACGCCAGAGAGCUUGGAAAAGACAUGGACCACGUCAGACCUGGACCCGCGCAAGGAAUACCAGGAAAUGUCGGCCAAAGAACGUGUCCACACCGCAGACAAUGAGCGAGCGUCGUGGUUCGUACUCCUGCAUGCUAUUCAGCGCAUGGAAGCCAAGUCGAGCGAAUGGCAGAAGUCGCAGUACCCCCCUCCCGGAGCGCGAGAGACCACCUACGGACUACCGAGGACGCCCCCGUCGCUUCGUGAGCACCAUACCCUGACCGUGGCGCUGCAGCGCAAGAAGAAAAGCUGGGAUACCAUGCCGCCGUCCAUGACGAAACCCUAUGCGACAACGACCAUGUGCCACUUGAUUGAGAUGCUUGCUGCACUCGGAAUCUACUGGAAAGAGUUUGACCGACGUCGCGACCGCUACUGGGCGGAAGGAAACGGCUUUCUCGUUCUUGGCGAGCGAAACGACCUGGGAAUAGUUUUCUCGCUGCAGGUUCACGGCCAGUGCACGUUUGAGCGAAACCGAGUGAUUCCUGUCGACUACAUCAAGGAGCUCAGUUUCGGCUACGUGCCCACGAUAUACCGCGACACCAUUGACCAAAGCCGACUCAAAGUACCGAGUGAUAUGCCGGAGAAUCUCAGUUCAUUACAAAUGAGCAGUGAGCGAGAGCUCGCAGAAAGCCUUACGGUGAUUGGAUGCAAUACAAACGCAGUCAACUACUUUCUGGAAGAUGGAAAUCGCACAUCGCACAUCUUUCCCCUCGCUUUCGAAAUAUUGGGCAUGCUCAGCCAAAACUUCCACAUCAACAACAGCAGCUUUACAUACAUCCCCAACCCUACGUCAUACGGCUUCGACAAGCGCUCAUUCUCGCUCCGCAAGCUCUUAGAAGCCUUCAAGUCACACUUUGACGGAGAAGCCAACACCACGCGCAACCACAUCAUCGUCGACACCAUUCGACACCAUGUCGACGAGGUUUUGAAAUUCUACUGGGAAAAGGACGGUGCUCAGCGGCUGCUUUGUCUCAAGGUUCUGCACAUGGCCAUUGAUGAUGCAGAUGAGAUCUUGACCGCAAAGAGAAAGGCGCCAGUGGAAACCUGCGCUGAGACACCCAACGCUAAAAAUGCUAGCGUGCCCGUGGUUGUAUGCUCCGAGGACGAAGGCGAAACGACACUCCAGAGCAUGCGCCGCGAAGCGGUGCAAGACGUCCUGCGCUCCCACAUCCAAGAGGUUCUUCGGUUGCUUAACGAACGCGACGAGCGCGCCGAGACACAAUCACUGGGCGUUCAUUUCAGCGAGCAAUCCCCGACUUCGCCGCUGCAGUUGCGAAUCAAUGAACGACUCGGCCCGCGCACCACCCCGCCGCCGCCUCGCUUCGAGGACGUCGACGACGCCAGCCCAGACGAGCGGCAGAAGCUGCUCAUGGACGUGUACUUUGAAGUCGUGCGCCCGCGCGUCGUGCCCCGAGCCGCCUUCUCCGCAGACCGUAGAGCGAGUCUAGGCGGAGGGCAGCGCCCGCAGAGCCUGCCGAGCAUGCGCGGUGGCGAGCGCAGCAUCUCGCGGGGCCCGAGCAUGGCCCCGCGGCCGGGCUCCAGCCGCGGCGGCUCGUCCACCGGGCCCGUCGCUGACGACGAUGAGGAGAGCGAUGCCGAGGUGGCCGUGGCUGUGGCCAGUGAUGUAGGAGGUGAGGAUGAGGAAGUACAGGCCGAGAAUGGCGUGCCUAUGAAUGCUACGGCGGCGACGAAUCGCCGUGGGAGGAGCCGCAUGCCGCUGUCGUCUCAGCCGGCCUCGCAUGAUGACAUUUGGUGCACGCUGGUGUUUAGGAUGAUUUGCUGGCUCAUGCUGCAUGACUUUAACAAGCUGGACAGGCAACUACCCAAGAGUGAGCUCCUGGGCAGCCGCGUGCCCGUCUACAUUACAUAA